AUGUUCUUUCUUCUUUUUCAGAAAUCCAUUUUUGCUCACGGAUUUUCUGGGAUUCCAGGAUCGAAUGGCAUACCAGGAAUGCCGGGAGUUCCUGGCGCUCCAGGGCCGCAAGGACAACAAGGAAAAGAUGGAGCCAAGGGGAAGCCUGGUGUCAAGGGACCGAGAGGUAUGACGGGAACAAGAGGACAAAAAGGAAAUCCAGGGUCACUGGGUAAAAAUGGUGCACCUGGAAUGAUGGGAAUAAAAGGAGAUAAAGGUCAUGAAGGGUCACGUGGCAGCAGUGGGCCGCCAGGAAUCAAGGGUGUGAAAGGAGAGCAGGGAUCUAAAGGAGAGAAAGGAGAAAUCGUGAAUAGUGCAGCGUCACAGACCAACUGGAAACAGUGUGUGUGGAAAAAUCUGAAUGAUGAUAGAGAUAGAGGAAAGAUUAAGGUACAGAAAUAUCUAGAAAAUGCGAUGAAAAAUAAAAUUAAGUGUUAGAGCCAAUUUGUCAUGGCCAUCUCUGAAAGAGACUUUUGAGAAAUGCAGCCAAACUAAAAACAGCAAGUAACAAUUCUGUUCAUUCUUGAAGGCAGGAAAAGUACAAGGGCAUUAUUAAAUUAAUUCCUAUAAUACUCUUUUAUGCAUUUUGUUGCACUAAGAUUGUAUUCAUGGCAUUUUUUUUAGGAUUGCUUAUUCAACAAGCUGCAAUCUGAUACAGCGAUUAAAGUCUCAUUCCAGGGAAAUAUAAGAGUCGUUGGUACAAGGAAAUGCAACCGUUGGUUCUUCAAGUUUAAUGGAAAUGAAUGCAGUGGACCAAUGACAAUUGAGGCUGCUGUGUACAACAGUUGGCCAUCUGGGAGUCCUAAUCUGCUUCAUCACAGAUCAUUUGAGGGAUACUGUGAAAACAUUCCACAGGGCAGGGUUACUGUGGAGUUAUGGGUAGAACAUUGUCCUACUGAAACAGUGGGUGAUGCUUACACUGGAUGGAACUCAGUAUCCCGGAUAAUGAUUGAGGAAGUGCCUAGAGCCCAGUCCUAAUCAGCCCUGUUAACUUCACCUGAGGACUGGAGUAGAAUACUCUCUUUUUCAUUCAUCCAUUAUUUAUCCAUUAUUUUGGAUUUAUAAUUUUCUCACAUUUUCCACCCAAAAUUUCUUUAUUCCAAUUUAAACCUUAUGCUUCUUUUUAAUCACAUGUACUUUUCUUUGUACUUUUUAGUUUAUGCCAUGUGCCAGUAGAUACUUUCGUCCCCUCCUGAAAAUAUUUUCCUGAAUUAUUUUAAGUUUGUCUCUGAAUUACAUUAAAACUGUUUGACGUGUGUUUGUCAACAAAAUGGAAGUUUCUUUAAUCAUUAGUGAUUCAACUGUAUUUCCUUCUGUGUAUUUUUGGUUACAUUACAAACCAGAUAUGAUCUUUCAUUUUUUCUCAUCAUUUCUAUCACCUUUUUCUCAGUAUCUUGAAAAAUAGUCUUGAAACACUUUAAAGACAUUAAAUGAAGACAAAAGAUUUGUUGUGUGAUCACAACUUGUAGGAAAAUGUUCAUCAUGGAAUUUCACUACUGAUUCAAUAUUUUUCAAUUAGAUGGUAUACACCUAAGUCUCUUUUUAUGGAAAUUUAUUUCUCCAUCCUGUUUGUUCUAGAAAGUCCUUUGGAUUUGGUGGUACAUCUAAAAUUUCCAUAAAAUAAAAAGUAGAUACAAAAUGUCAAAGGGUCAGUGAGCACAGACAGCCCAAGCACAUAACAACUGUACCUAUCAUUUUUCUAUUAGUCAAAGAUGAGAUGUAAAGUUGCAGUUCAUUAAGCAAAACAUUACUCUUGCCCUACAGAAGAAGUCUGAUGUAUUACAGAUUUUGAAAUAUUUUGAAGAGUUUGAAAGAAAGUACACAGUUUUCUGACCAAAGUGAGGUUUUAUUGUAGACUAUAAAAUAAACUUCCUUUGCUAAAUCACUUUGUAUUGUCCUUUACCUGAUCUCACUGAAUGCAAUUUGGUAAGUUGAUAAAACUUAUUAUUUCCAUUUUCCUGUGUAAUCCUUACUCAUUCCCAGUCCUUAGUCACUUUUUGUAACAUAGGGCAGAGGAGAAUUCAGUUGGAAGCUGAUUGUGUACUUCAUGAAUGGCAACUUGGAAUAGGUCAGCUUUUGACAGAAUCAAAACUUUUUCAUAACAACUUUAUCCCCUUUUGAUCAUGGUUUCCAUGCCUGAAAGUGGAAAAUUUCUGUUAAAAAAGAGCUUCACCUAAAAAUGGCAGCUCUAGUUAAUUAUUCACAAUCAGUUAAACCUACAAUCAAUUCCAAAAAGUGAUUAAUGUUAAAUUCCUCUCCAUACUUUCACUGUAUCAUUCAGUAAGCAAGUAGUACUUAAUUAAACUUAUCAAAUACAAGAUACAACUCUUAAUUCUCUGAGCUUUAUGACAAAUGUUAUAUAAUUUAGCAGCUAAGGAAAAUAAAAAAAAUAAAUAUGAGAAGAAAGAGUCAAGUUUCUGGACUGUAAAGAAAAAAAUAUAACUCAGCUGAUCUUUCCAACAAGUUUUGUGUUAGAAGUGCAAAAAGGGAAACCUUGCUGAAAUGUAGAAAAAUUGAAGGGUAGUUUUUCCAGUCAGGAUCCUCUAUCUCCUAUGCUCAUGAACCAUAAAAUAAACGCAACAAAACAAUCUCACCAGAUUUGGUCUGUAGUACAAGUGCACCACUUGACUUCCUGCUAGGCAAGUUGCAAAACUGACUGCAAAGAAAGUUAAAUAUCCAGGCCAGGAUACCCCAGCAGGCAUCCUCAAAAUUUAUGGUUCUACACUCUGCUGUUUAUUUGCGUUUUCUUGUUCUUGUUUUCUUCUUUCUAGACAUCUUUCUGACUCUUUUCUGACAUAAAAUUCAUCUGUAGGACAUACAAGUAAGAGGUUUAAUCUUCAUUUAUCAACUUUUUGGUUAACGUUUUCAAUCUAAAGAUCUCAUUAGUAAUUCUCUUUACUGUCUGCCAUACAAUUCUUGUGAUGUGAGUUUGGAGAACUUGGUAUUAGAUCAGCUAAAAAUCACUACUUAAUAUUUUGAUAUAUUCUCGUCACUUUUCUUGUUGAUAUUGUAUUGAUAUUGUAAGGAGAAACUCUGUUUUGGUCACUCAUGGGAAUUAAAGGGUCAGCAAAGUUUUUUUUAACAGAAUUUAUCAUUUCCGUUUACCCUUUUGCGUCAGCUGAUUCAGUUUUUCACCAAACCUCUCUCUAAGAUAAUUCAAAAUUAAAGGAGACACAUAAAAGUGAAAGAUUUCAAAAACAUUUCAAUUUUUCCCACUUGGCAAAUGCCAACGUUUCUGACGGUGACUGGAGUCCUAUACUUUAAAAAAAAAACCAUAAUCACAGAGACUGUCUACUCUUUUCGCCAUUAUUUUAUUACCCAAGAACUGUAUGCAUAAUGAAGUAUAGGGCUUUGUAGAAAUCUAACCCAGUCAUUUUGUGACAACGAACAGAAAAAUCAACAGCCGCCUUCAAAACUGCAAGCGAUCCUCACGUGGCAAAUAAAGUCUUAUUAUUCAAAGUGGACGUAAAUAGUUCAUAUGGAGAAUUAUACUACAAAAAUGACCCACUUUAAAUAAAAUUUGUUCGUACUGUUGAUAAAGCUUUGAUUUAUAAAAAACAAAUAGAAAUAAAAGAAGACAGUACUUUUACCAGAUCAACGUACACGAUUAAUAGUUAAGCUUACUUACAUGAAGUUUCCUUUCCAAUGCAAACCUUCAUCAUAAAUAGCUCAAUUCCAGCUUCAGCGAUGAAAAACAGCAGCAAGAAUCUAUGGACACCGAGGCGCCGUUAAAUCGUCCUUAUUUUUUCAUCAAACAUGGAAAUUUCAAAGGUAAAAAAGCCAGCUGUAGUUUCAAACUGCCGCCAUGUUGAAAGUCAGAGUAUUUGACAUACCAAUCACAUUGAACUUUUUACCGCUGGUUAUUUUACUACGGGCGCAUAACUUUCUUGUAAACCAGAAAAGAGCGAUAUGAACAAUAAGCUUAUGGGUAUGGUGGGUGUGUAUGUAUGUUUGCCCUGGUUCACGACUAAACCUGCACGCCAUCGCGGAUAACAGGAUGCAGAAUCAAGAGGAAUCCCUUUGUUACAGCCCAAACUUGUGAGUGGUAUUUGUAUUUCUGCCUUAACCACACUAUAUCACUUGUGUGCCACUCUGCACCCAAAAAACUUUCAGAAAAAAAAUUUCAGCUGUUGAUGUACGUUUUAAUGGUUAGGCAUUUUAACUUAUAAUUUUUUUGUUUUGUUUUGCAACACAAAAAGUCAGGAGUUUAUGAUAAAGCUAAAGAAACAAAUAAUUUGAAAGAUGAAGGCAAAAAACACUGGAAAAAGUCCUGAAAAGCGAAGACGUCCGGUGAAAAGAUUGAUAGAAAUAUCUGAAGAUGUGUAUAAACUAAAGCUUCUUCCAGAACAGCUGAACUACAACCUAGAUAUUCUGUUUGAAAGCAUAUUGAUGCAUCUAAUAUGGCGGUCUGGAGCUUCAGAGAAAAAAAGUGGAUCAGAAACAUUUUCAUUUCAGCACGAGAGUCUCUGACAUUACUUUCCUAGACUAGUGUUAGAGUUGGAGAUUAAGUUGGACGUUUAGUUAUACAUAGCGGUUACUAGAUAACUAAUAUGUACACUUAUUUUGGACAAAUUUAUCGCUCCUUUCUCUUGCAGGUUGGAAUACAUCCAGGUUUGAUGGCAGCUUACAAGGGAUACCACUAUGCGGGAGCAAAUAAUCAGAGUCUGUGGGUAAAUUAUUUAAUGUAUCCAUUUUCAAUAUUUCAUCACUUGUUCAUUUAAAUUAAAAAAACGUUCUGAAGAGGUUCAGUUCUAAAAUUCCCCUUAAUUUUUUAUAUUCCUGGGAGAUUAAGUUAAGGUUACUGUCGACAAAAUCUGCUCAAAAUUUUCAAAAUGUCGUUUAUUUGCUCUUGAGUUAGUGAAAUCAUCUAAUUUUAAUUUGUGGAAAGAAAAAAAUAGGGAAAUCUUAAAAAAGAAAGAAUGUAGGAUACCGCUGAAAGAGAAAUCUAGAGAUCCAGAUAUCUAUUUUGUUUUGCUGUCGGUUUUCCUAGGAUUCCAGGGUCGAAUGGCAUACCAGGAAUGCCAGGAAUUCCUGACGCCCCAGGGCUUCAAAGGCAACAAGGAAAAAUGGAGCUAAGGGGGAGCCUGGUGUCAAGGGACCGUAGUGACCGGGGUGCACCUGGAAUGACAGGAUUAAAAGGAGAUAAAUGUUAGGUAGGUUGUUCACGUGGCAGAUGCUUUUGAAACUCUUUACACUGGCCAAUUUACGUUAUCAGUUCAGCUGAUAAAACCAAAUAAUCCUGUAAUACCCCUCACCGACGCAGUACCACAGUUACAAAAUUACCCUCUUUGAAUAUCUAAGGGCUUGGCCACCUUUUACUGCUGCAUUUUCUGAUAAAAAAAAUUGUUAUCUGUGAUAUUUGAAAAAGGGGUCAAGCUAACGAAUGCUAUCACCUUUGUCCUAAAUCAAGCACGUUACUACGCCAGUUUAAUUAGAUGCUCAGUUAGAAAAGUAUUUUAACAUAUAGGGGAAAUAGCUUGAGCAAACUGGGUGGAAGGUACCAUGAAUCUUGGAUUUCAUAAUCUUCUUAUCUUAUGUAACAUGUCUGGCUGUUAAAACUCUAACCCUAACCAACCCUUACUAGUUACUAUCAAAAAGAUAUGCAAAGAUAUUCUCACUUGGUUGUGUUUUCUUAACCUUGGAAGUUGACACCACACCUGUACGCCAUGUGAGAUAGCGGCACAUAAGACUGUGUAAUAAUCUGAAGCAUUCAAGGCGGCUUACAUUCUAGAGAUAAACUCCGUUAUCCGAAAAAAACAGAUGUGACCCUUAGGCUGAUAAGAAAAAUGUUCGUUUUCCACUGAGCCUGUCUUCUCGGCAUAUUUUACGGGAUUGCUCAUUUAACGAGCUGCGGUCUGAUACAACUAUUGUAAUUAUUCAUUGCAGCGAGAUAGCAGCACAUAAAGACUGUGUGCAAAAUAAUCUGAAGCAUUGAAGGUUUACAUUCUAGAGAUAAAUUCCGUUAUCCGAUAAUGGUAACAGAUGUCACCCUAACGCUGAUAAAAAACCUCUAAGUCUUGUAGAAAUUAUCGUUCUUAAUUUCAACUACACGAAACGAGUCUGCAACUUGUACCAUUAAUACACAAAAGGAGAUUUUGGCGAUGAAAAUAUAUCUCACCCCCUCAAUAUAAGCAUGAAUACAGUAAUCGACCAUGGAAGAAAUAAACAUAACAUCAGGCGCUUCAGAGUCCACAGAACGCUCUCCUGAACAUGUAAGGGCUUGACCGCUUUUAUCCUGCCGCAGUUUGUGAAUUAAAACAUUGUUAUCUGUGAUAUUUAAUAGCGGGUCAAACUAACCAAUGGCACCAUGGGUGCCGGUUCGUGCCAUUUUUAGCCAAGGGGGGGGGGGAGGAGGAGAGGAAGUAAAUCACUUGCCCAAAAACAUUUUUGCAAGUUGCCCAAAUUGUUAUGAAACAGUAUUUCGACGGCUGAAGAUAUCAAUGAUAAGAUCCAUUUUUGACUACAGAGUUGGCAUAUACCCUUUUAAUGUUAAUAAGUGAGAUUUUACUGACACGUUGUUGCUCCAUGGUGCUACAGAGGUAAGCUUUCAAUCAGCGCCGGCAACGGACUGAAUGGCAGUUCUGUGGAACACGAUAUAGUAGGUAUCAUUGAAUAUUUACUACUUUGUAGCACUCUGAGAACGUAUCAAACAGAUCAUUCUCAUGCAUUACCCCUAGCAUCUCUGAAACAGUCAUGUGGCCUAAUCCGUGCACACGACGAAAGCUCGCGUACAUUUUCUUCUCGGCUUCCAUAAUCUCGUCGUCGAUUUUGUAAAAUUUAGCAUCGCGGAAAAAGUUUUCUUUAUCAGGUGUUUUACUAUGACAGAUAUUUCCCAAAGCACAGAUUAUUUCCUAUUCUUUUGCGCUGAACCUGGGCUCAAGCUCGGUCAGCACCAUGUCGAUGGACGCAUAGUAAGUGUUCAUACGGUGGUGCGAUUACGGUGUCAGCUGCGUUUGUCCUUGAACGUGAUCACCUACAAGGUCUUGAAUGCUGCGCGAUGGCGUUUGUCUAAGUGCCCUAGCCUCCCGUAAUUCAGAAUGAAUUCAAUCAAACACAUUAAAGUUUCAGUUAAAUUUGAUAUCAUUGAGACGGGUCUGCAAUUUGUACCAUCAUUGAAAUGUCGACAAAAUCUGACACACCACCUCAUGAUAAGUUUGAGUCUAUCAUGCGGUAUUUGCAAAUGUCUAUACUAUUUUAGAAUGGAUCCAAUAACAUAAAUACCGAAAUCGAGCUAAGGACAAAUGAACAACAUAUCACAGACCAUAUCGAACUUUUUUUCUCAAUAUUUCUCGUUUGAUCAGAGUAAGUAGAUUUUGUGGCCCAGAUUUUUCUGCGUAAUUUCCUGAACAUGAGGGAAACAUUGGUCUGUUGGUCAGUACGUGCUUCAUUGGUGAACUGAUAAGGAUAUCACAGUCAAGUUGUUGACCUGGUGUGCGAGUUCAAGUAGCUUCAGACAUCCUUAUCACUUAGCUCCAGCGCUUUUUAAUUAAGAUAUUUAUUUUAUAAUGACACUCAGUAGGAUAUAAAUAGGCACGUACAUAAGGAGAUAUUUUACAGCGAGCACAAAGCAUUUGCGCGAAGCAACCAUCGAAGUAUGGCGAAGCUUCUGAUCCUCGUUGCUUUGUUAUUUUUCUCAUCCAAACCAGGAAUAAGUUCCCUGGGAACAACCAUCAGUCCUCAACAACACAAUCCACAAACUGGCGCUGACAAAGACCCAUGUGAGGUACUCUUAAGCAUGCUUUAUCCACGAUUAUUUACUACAAAAUCGCAUGUACUUGAUGAAGCGUUCAUUUGUCAUACCUUUAAAGUUUACCAUUCAUGUCUGCCAAGUUAAGCGCAAAACAAAUCCCUCAUCAAUCAUAAGUUUUCCAAAACAAAGUAGAACAUUGCUGGAAAAAGUUUUCUUUUCUACAACGUUAUGAAAUCAUUCAAUGUUCUGAGCUUUUUCUCCUAAAACGAAGCAUAAUUCUCAACGUGAUUAGUUUAUGAAGAAAUUGCUGUACUACUUAGGCGUACAAAUUAACAUCAAGUAUGUUCAUCCAAUUACUAUAAGUUCUUUCUUCUUUCUCAGAAAUCCGUUUUUGCUCACGGAUUUUCUGGGAUUCCAGGAUCAAAUGGCAUACCAGGAAUGCCGGGAAUUCCUGGCGCCCCAGGGCCGCAAGGACAACAAGGAAAAGAUGGAGCUAAGGGGGAGCCUGGUGUCAAGGGACCGAGAGGUAUGACGGGAAUAAGAGGACAAAAAGGAAAUCCAGGGUCACUUGGUAAAAAUGGUGCACCUGGAAUGCUGGGAAUAAAAGGAAAUAAAGGUGAUGAAGGGUCACGUGGCAGCAGUGGACCCCCAGGAAUCAAGGGCGUGAAAGGAGAGCAGGGAUCAAAAGGAGAAAUCGUGAAUAGUGCAGUGUCACAGACCAACUGGAAACAGUGUGUGUGGAAAAAUGAUGAUGGUAGAGAUAGUGGAAAGAUUAAGGUAGAGAAGUAUCUAGAAAAUGCAAUAAAAAUAAAUUAAGCGUUAAAGCCAAUUUGUCGUGGCCAUCUCUGAAAAUACUUUUGAGAAAUGCCUACGAUUUAAAAAUAUAAAUUAACAAUUCUAUGCUUUCUGGUAGCAGGAAAACUACAAGGUCCUCAUUAAAUUGUGUCCAAUAGCACCCCGAGAAAGCAUUUUUUUCGCACUAACACUGUCUUCUUGGCAUUUUUAUAGGAUUGCUCAUUCAACAAGCUGCAGGCUGAUUCAGCUAUUAAAGUCUCAUUCCAGGGAAAUACUAGAGUCUAUGGCAGUUCAGUUAAAUGCAAUCGGUGGUUCUUCAAGUUUAAUCGAAAUGAAUGCAGUGGACCAAUGACAAUUGAGGCUGUUGUGUACAACUAUUGGCCAUCUGGGAGUCCUAAUCUGCUUCAUCACAGAUCAUUUGAGGGAUACUGUGAAAACAUUCCACAGGGCAGGGUUACUGUGGAGUUAUGGGUAGGACAGUGUCCCGGUGGUUAUACACUGGGUGAUACUACUACUGGAUGGCAAUCAGUAUCCCGGAUAAUGAUAGAGGAAGUGUCCAGAGCCCAGUCCUAAUCAACCCUGACAUCUUCACCUGAGGACUGGAGCAGAAUAUUUUAUUUUCCAUUCAUCCAUUAUUUAGAUUUCAUGAUUUUCUUACAUUUCCCAUACCGCCCGAUAAUUGAGUUAUUGUUUGUCACAGGUACUCUUUUGCCCUGAUAACGUUGGAUGUUAGGAGGAUUCCUUGACUCCAAUUUAAACUUUCUGUUUCUUUUUAAUUACAUGUACUUUUAAACGACUGUGAAUAUAUGAAAGUCAUAUAUUUGAACUGCGGAUAAAGACGUGAAAAUGAAAGCGAUCUUCGCAAUAAUAAACACUACUUAAGCAGUAGUGAAAAUAAGGCCUGAAAAAAAUUCAGGCCUGUACGGGAUUUGAACCAAUAACCUCUGUGAUACCUGUAAUUUUUAGUUUAUGCUAUGUACCGGUUAAGACACUUCUCCUCCUGAAAAUUUUUUCCUGAAUUAUUUUGAGUUUGUCUCUGCUUUGCAAUAGAACUGUUUAACAUGUGCUAGUAAACAAAAUAAUAGUUUCUUUAAUCAUUAGUGAUACAACUUUAUGUGUAAACCAAAUGUUAUCUCUAAAUUUUUUCCAUUAUUUCUAUCAUCUUUUUCUCAGUAUCAUGAAAAAUAGUCUUGAAACCCUUUUUAAACAUUAAAUGAAGACAAGAGAUUUGUUGCGUGAUCACAAAUUGAAGGGAAAAUGUUUAUCAUGGAAUCUCACAACUGAUUCAAUAUUUUUUUAAUUGAAUUGUAUCUAGUUUCUUUUUAAAGAAAUAUAUUUUCUCCAUCCUGUUUGUUAUAGAAACUCCUUCGGAUCUGGGGGCACAUCUGGAAUUUCCCUUAAAAUAAAAAGUGAAUACAAAAUGUCAAAGGGUCAGUGAGCACAGAGGGCCUAAGCUCAUAACAAGGGUAUCUAUAAUUUUCCUUUUAGUCAAACGAUGAGAUGUAUAUUGACGGUUUAAUUAAGCAAAACAUUACUCUUACCUUGCAGAAGAAGUCUGUUGUAUUAGCGAGUUUGAAAAAAGUUUUAGUGAGCAAAAUAAGGAAUUAUUGUAGAUGUUUAAAAUUCAUGACUAUAAAAUAAACCCCCUUUGUUUAAUCGCUUUUUAUACUUGAUCCUACUCAUAAAAUCUGAAUCCAAUUAGGUAGGUUGAUAAAACAUCUUAUUCCCAUUUUCCUGUUUAAUCCUUACUCAUUCCCAGUCCUUAGUCACUUUUUGUAACAUAGAGCAGAGGAGAAUUCAGUUGGAAGCUGAUUGUGAAGUUCAAGAAAGACAACUUGGAAUAGGUCAUUCUAAUUUUUCCCCCUUUCGAUCGGGGUUUCCAUGCCUGAAAGAGGAAAAUUUCCGCUAACAAAGAACUUCCCCUAAAAAUUGUAGUUCUAGUUGAUUAUUGACAAUUAGUGAAAGCUACAGUCAAUUCCAUUUACAAAUGUUUUAUGUGACAGCUCAGGAGAACAAAAAAAGACAAAUCUUGAGAAUAAAGAGUCAAGUUUCUAGACUGCUUAUAAACAAAUAUAACUCAGCUGAUCUUUCACUCAAGUUUUGCUUUAGAAGAGGGUGGCAAGGGGGGGGGGGGUUCCAAUAACACAUCACGUUGAAUUUUUCUAUCGAAUCACGCAUCACGGGUAAUUUUUUUUUUAAUCAAUCACGCGUCAUGUAGAAAGGAGUAAGUACACUAAGCUAACACUGUAAGAUUUCAACCUAUCGGAUGUGGUAUUGAAAAUUAUAUUGCAUCCAACGAUUUUAUCCUGGAAUGAAUUGCGUUUCACUAGUCAUGUUGCUUUCUGUUAGACAAGUAAAGAUGAUUUACUUGUUGAAAGAACACUGGAGAACAUAGGCCUUGAGCAAAUGUUGACUACAUUAACUUAUGCAUGUUGUGUUACGAUUGUUUGGACCUACCAGGAAGAUCAAAGACAUCAAAGGUCAGGCGAAGGUCAGCAAAGGACGGAAAAUACCAGAAAACAGUGUGACGGCUGCCAUGGUUUAUUGAUCUUUGUAAGACUCUAUUUACUUUGAAUGAUUGGUUUCCUCUUGGCCAAAGAGCGUUCACUAUCUCGGAUAUCUAAUUAGUAAGUUUUGUAAAUCACGCGUCACGCACUUGUAAAAUAGAAAACCACGCAUCAAGUUGUGAUGUCCGGUCCCGCGUCACGCGGAUAAUUUGGGUUCAAUCACGCGUCACCCUGCAAGUUUUGGGGCCAUCACACGUCAUGCAAGAACCCUUUGCCACCGUCUUAGAAGUGCCACACAUUACAAAGUAAACCUUGCUUUAAUUUAAUAAACACAACAAAACAAUCUCAUCUGUAGCACAUGCAAGUACGAGGUUUGAUUUUUAUUUGUCAACUUUUUGGUUUACGUUUUCACUCCCAAGAUCUCAUUGGUAACUCUCCUCUGUCUGCCAGACAAUUCUUGUGAUGUGAGUUUGGAGAACUUGGUAUUGGAUCAACUAACAAUCGCUACUUGAUAUUUUGAUAUAUCGAGGGAUACUCUCACUGUUUAUCAUCAUUUUCUUCGUCUUUUUCUCAGUUCUUGCAAAAUAGUCAUGAAACCCUUCAAACACAUUGAUGAAGAAAAAAGAGUUGUCCCUUAAACACAAAGAAAAAUGUUUAUCACAGUCUCGCAACUGAGUUAGCGUGUUUUCAAUUAAUUUUUAUUUACUAGUCUCUCUUUAAAGAGACAUAUUUCCUCCAUCCUGUUUGUUCUGGUAAGUCCUUUGAAUCUGGUGGCACAUCUGUGAUUUACUGUCGAUAAAAAGUAAAUACAAAAUGAUUAAGGGCGAACAAGCACAAAGAGCCUAAACUCAUAAAAAUAGAAUCUAUUAUAUUUCCUUUAGUCAAAAAAUGAGCUGUGAAAUGAAAUUUUCAUUAAACUAAACAUCACUCUUGCCAUGCAGGAGGCUGCAGUAUUAUACAAAUCUGCAUAGCGUAGUCUAACGUAUUAAAGAAGUACUGGAAUUUCCUCAGUGUAAACUCGCGUACCGAAUAAAAAUCGUUUUUCUUUGAUGAAAAGCAAUCCCAUUAGUCAUGGAAUUUUUCUCAUUAGUUAAAAAUAUCGUUUGACUAAUCAGAAGGGUAAUACGGUUUUUUUCCACAAGUGGGAAAAUUGUAUCGGUUUUCCCGCCUUUUGGAGCGGCAUGCGAAGUAAUUGGAGUGAAUGUUUGCAACGCUCCUGAAGGUAAGAUUAAAUUUUUCACCUGUAUUCAGUGCAUAAUUUUGAUAGCAUAACUGCAUAAUUAUAAUAGCAAGAGCAUCGAGGAUAAUGCCGAAAUAAUUAUGUAAGUUAAAAAAAACUCCCUUUGGUGUUACACUUUAACAAAAGAUGAAUUCUGUAGCCUGAGUAAUGGCCAUAAUGAAACUGCUUUUCUUGCUCCCACUUAAAGAAUUUGCGAGUUUUUCCUUCUGAUAGUAGGAAUGGGGGAGGGGGAGGGAGGGGGAGUGCACGCACUUAUUCAACUGAUUACGUGAUAUCUUUGCGCAGUGCAUGAUGCGCAGUGCAUGGCGCGUAGUGCACUACUAAAGAAUCACCUUGUUGUUUUGAGCUUAUUGAAAAAUUCUAAGCAUGAUGUUUGGCACAGCGCCAUGUUUCCAGGGGAGGACGCUCGAAAACAAUGUUACUCGAAACUAAUCUGAAACUAAAUGCCACUUUUAAUGAGCAUACGCUGAUCAUACAUGAGCGUAUGUACAGGAAGACGGAUAAUUAAAUCACUUUACCCUAUAAUGCGCUUAAGUUCUUCAAGAACGCCAUACUGAACAUCUAAGCUAAUUAAAGCGUUGACAUGUCUUAAAAGUAUCGUCCUAUAGGAGAUUUUGUUUUAAAUCGCACACAAUUUUCAUAAUAGUAAACAAAGCUACUAUUCAAGCAUGGUAAAUCUAUUACGCGAAUCUUGCAAGAAAUUGGUACGUUUUUUUCGCCUCUAAGCAGUAAAUUUAGCUUUUCUGUCAAAACAGCUUUAGUCUGGAAAAUUUUCUUGGUCUAGAAGCUUAGGAUGAUCUUGGCUUCGUGCUCUCCAAACCUCCCGCCUGUAUCCAUGGCAUAUCUGGAUAUACGCACGCUAGCCAUGAAGAACAUGAUACAUCCUGCACUGCAACUGAAUGGGAGGCGAGCUCGUGACCGAUCAUCUUCCUCAGAUGCCAAGUAAUAAACACGACCAUGCUGGUUGUCUUCUGAUGAUCUUCAGCUUUUGUGCUGCCGCAUUUUUCUGAUUACAACACGGUUUCCUGUGAUAUUAAUGACUGGCCGCGUCAAGAUAACUAAAAAAAAAUCCCGAUUUUCCUCAAUCAAAAACAUUGUUUCAGUUUAACAAGAUUUGCAGCGUGACGCGUGUGAAAUUUGCACCAUCAUUAAAACAUAUGAAUGGAGUUUGAAGAUGACAACCUAUCACAUUGUGUCAGAAAGGUCUAAUACUCGGUAUUUGGUUUAAGAAUUGAUGCAGAAUACGCGUGUACCGUUCAAAGGCCAAACGAAGAUCACAGACUUCAUCAAAUUUCAAUGCCUCCUCAAAAUGUUACGUUUGAUCAGAAUAGGAACAUUUCACUGCCAAGAUUUUUCCGGGAAAUUCUAUGUAUUUGUAAGGAGUACGUGCUUCAUUAAAAAACGUGAUAAGGAUAUCAGAGUUAAGUUGUUUACCCGUGUUUGACCUCGAGAAGCUUGAGACUUCCUUACCAUCUAGCUCCAUCGCUCUAGGAUAUAAAUAGGCGCGUACUUAAGGAGAUAUAUAUUUCAGUCAUAGAACACGAACUGUUCAUGCAAAGUAACUAUCGGAGUAUGGUGAAGCUUCUGAUCCUCGCUGCCUUGUUAAUUUUCUCAUCCAAAACAGAAGUAAGUUCAUUGGGAACAACCACCAGUCCUCAACAACAGAAUCCACAAGCUGGCGCUGACAAAGACUCAUGUGAGGUACUCUUUAGCAUGCUUUAUCUACGAUUAUUUACUACAAAAUCGCAUGUACUUCAUGAAUCGUUCACUUGUCAUACCUUAGUUUACCACUCAUGUCUGCCAAGCUAAGCCCAAAAUAAAUCCCUCGUCAAUCAUAAGUUUUCAAAGACAAAAUAGAUCAAUGCUUGACAUACAACGCAGUGAGAUCAUUCAAUGUUCCGAGCUGUUUCAUCUAAAACGAAGCUAAAUUCUCAACGUGAUUAAUUUCUGAAGAAACUGCUGUGCUACUUCGGCGGACACGUAAAUAUCAAUAAACAUCAAGUACGUCGAUCCAAUUACUAUAAGUUUUUUUCUUUCUCCAGAAAUCCGUUUAUGCUCACGGAUUUUCUGGAAUUCCAGGAUCGAAUGGCAUACCAGGAAUGCCGGGAACUCCUGGCGCUCCAGGGCCGCAAGGACCUCAAGGAAAAGAUGGAGCUAAGGGGGAGCCUGGUGUCAAGGGACCAAGAGGUAUGACGGGAACAAGAGGACAAAAAGGAAAUCCAGGGUCACUUGGUAAAAAUGGUGCACCUGGAAUGAUGGGAACAAAAGGAGAUAAAGGUGAUGAAGGGUCACGUGGCAGCAGCGGACCCCCAGGAAUCAAGGGCGUGAAAGGAGAGCAGGGAUCUAAAGGACAGAAAGGAGAAAUCGUGAAUAGUGCAGUGUCACAGACCAACUGGAAACAGUGUGUGUGGAAAAAUUUGAAUGAUGAUAGAGAUAGUGGAAAGAUUAAGGUACAGAAAUAUCUAGAAAAUGCAAUGAAAAAGAAAUUAAGUGUUAGAGCCAAUUUGUCAUGGCCAUCUCUGAAAGUGACUUUUGAGAAAUGCCACCAAACUAAAAAUAUCCAUUAACAAUUCUGUGCAUUCUUGCAGACAGGAAAAGUACAAGGUCAUCAUAAAAUUAUUUCCUAUAACACUCUUAAAAAGCAUUUCUUUUGCACUAAGACUGUCUUCUCUGCAUUUUUUAUAGGAUUGCUCAUUUAACAAGUUGCAGUCUGAUACAGCUAUUUAAGUCUCAUUCCAGGGAAAUAUGAGAGUCUAUGGCACUUCAGGUAAAUGCAACCGGUGGUUCUUCAAGUUUAAUGGAAAUGAAUGCAGUGGACCAAUGACAAUUGAGGCUGUUGUAUACAACAGUUGGCCAUCUGGGAGUCCCAAUCUGCUUCAUCACAGAUCAUUUGAGGGAUACUGUGAAAACAUUCCACCGGGCAGGGUUAUUGUGGAGUUAUGGGUAGGACAAUGUCUCAGUGGUUAUACACUGGGUGACGCUUCCACUGGAUCGGAAUCAGUAUCCAGGAUAAUGAUAGAGGAAGUGUCUAGAACCCAGUCCUAG